AUGAAGUAUUCUCACUGGAUCAAAAAGGCAAGAAAAACCAAAGACAGAUUGAAAAAGGAAUCACCAGAGAGUUCUACAAUCACAAAGAAACAAAUCUCGAAAGAUUCUUCGAUUAGCAUUCGAGAAUUGUACAAGACCUAAAAAUGGGAAAACCUUAUCAAGAUAGCCAAAUAAAGUAAAGGAUUAUUUGAAGAAUACGAUUGUAUAAAGGUUCAAAAGAAGGUUAUCAAGUUGGGGGAGAGUGUGCUGAUUAAUAGUGGAGAUGCUCAUGAUGAGGAUUAUAUAGGGACCAUAAAAUAAAUUAUAUCAAUAAAAGAACCCACGACACUCAAACUGAUUUGUUUAUGUCGUGUGUAAUGGUAUAUGAGGAAAAGCGAAGUGAUAAAAUCACAUCCAAAAAGUAAUGAAUGGGUUUCAGAACAGGAGUUGUUUAAAACGAAACACGAAGAUUACAUUUUGGCCUAGACUGUGAUACACUCAUGUUAGAUUUUCUCAUGUAAAGAAUACGUGGAUCUUGAUGAAAUUGAAUCCACUGUUUAUUUUAACAGAUUAAGUUGGGAUAUGGAAAAGAAAUAAUUUUAAGGUUUGGAAACAAUUUAAAAAUUCUGUUCGUGUCAAUAACCGGUUAAUCCCGAUAGGAAAUAUGUAUAGGUAUAUGAAUACACUAAAACUAGUGCGAUUCUUGUCAUUAAUGGUACCAUCUGGAGUGCGUGGGUUUGCAGGAGGGAGAAUUGAAUGAUUCUGAAUUCUUUUGUAAACUUUGUUUAUGA